AUGAAUGUGCAGCGGACUCCACUCUCCUGCCAGAUAAAAGCCAGUGGAAAAGAAAAGGAAAGCCUGCCUAGUGAGUGCAACUGCAAGACAAAGCAAGGUAACAAAUCAUCAUCCCUAGCACUUUCCUGUGAUCCAGGUUUUGUCCAGCCAGAGGAAGAACCAGUACAUGACUUAUAUAUGGACAAGAACAGUACAGAGCUGGACUUGCAAGAUGUACCUCCUCCAGACCCUGUUUCCCUUUUAGAACCCCAUGACAUCCUUGACCUUCCACUUCCCCCACCUCCAACUCCAGUCUUAGAACGUGCUACACUUCCAUCUGACUCCUCUGCCAGCCCUCUUCCACGUUCUGAUAUCAGCUCAGCAAGGCCCAUCGCUCUGGCACUGAAGACAAUGCCCCGUACCACUGGAAACAAGGAGAAUGGUGAAUCAUCAGACCAAGAACCAGAGGACAAGGAGAAAAAGAUAAUGGAGGAGGAGCUGAAGAAGUGCAUUGAGGAUUUCCGCAAGAUUAGAAUCCCCAAGCUCUUCCCAGAUCGCAAGAGGCACUGGCAGAAUGACCUCCUGAAGAAAUAUAAUGCCUAACACGCAUAACCUCAGAUCACAGGUGAAAUAAAUGUAGUAGAUGGGCACCAAUAAAGCAGAGAUUUCAUGGAAUAAACAUGGUUAUUCUUUUUGCAAUGCAUUAGUCUACUUAAGACAGGGCUUAGUGUCCUCUCUAGAAGAAUACCACUGAUACUAAGCCUGCAUAUGCAAUCAAAAUGGAUUGUACAAAAAUUAAAACAAA